AUGAAAACGGUUUUUAUAUUAAUUGCAAUAGCUGCAAUUUGCAGCUCAUAUACGCCAGUCGACGUGAAAGAGGCAUUUUUGGAUAACAAAAUCGUUCCGGACGUGUUGGAAAACGCUCCAAAAAAGAUAAUCAAUGUUUCCUAUCCGAACGGAGUUAUCGUGAAACUUGGCGAAGAACUAACACCAACACAAGUGAAAAAGGCACCAUGGGUCACUUGGGAAGCUGAAGAAGAUGCGUUUUAUACAUUAAUGAUGGUGGAUCCAGAUGCUCCCAGUAGAGAAGAUCCAAAUUUGCGACAGGUUCGCCAUUGGCUGGUCAUGAAUAUUCCCGAGUCUUUUGUUGAAAGUGGAGACGAAAUUAUCGAGUAUCUAGGCUCAGGUGCUAAAGAAGGCACUGGCUUGCAUCGUUAUAUAUUCUUAGUUUAUAAGCAACGUGACGGGAUCAUAGAGCAUAAUGAGGCACGUUCAACAAACAGGAUGCGUGCUAACCGAUUGGUCACUUCAGCAUCGGAAUUUGCAGAAAGAUACAACUUGGGUGAACCAGAAUUUGGAAACUUUUUCCAAGCUCAAUAUGACGAGUCCGUAGAUCGUUUACAUGCACGAUUUAUUGAUUAG